AUGCUCAUCCUGGGCAGGACGGCUACGGCUGCGUCUGCGCAGAAAUCGCCGUACCAAACCGACUCGCGCGACCACAUCCUGGCAUCGUCGCGCACGCUGGCCUACGACGUGAUGGCCUUCUACAAGGGGAACCAGACGGGCCAGAUCCCCGGCUUGCUUCCGGGGCCGCCGGUGGCAGACAUGGGCCCGUACUGGUGGUGGCAGGGCUCGUCGCUGAUGGGCACGCUCAUCGAGUACUCCCAGCUCACGGGCGACGACACAUACAACGCGCAGGUGACGGAGGGCCUGCUGUGGCAGAAGGGCCCCUACAACAACUUCAUGCCGACCAACUGGACGGCCAGCAUGGGCAAUGACGACCAGUGCUUUUGGGGCGCCGCUGCCUUGCGCGCCGCUGAGACCGGCUUCCCCAGCCCGCCCCAGGACCAGCCCCAGUGGGUCGACAUGGCCAAGAAUGUCUGGGAGAACCUGGCGUCGCCGGCACGCAACGACCACAUCUGCGGCGGCGGCCUGCGCUGGCAGAUUUCCCUCGUCAACAAUGGCUACGACUACAAGAACACUGCAUCUAACGCCUGCUUCUUCAGCCUCAGCGCGCGCCUGGCCCGCUUCACGGGCAACUCGACCUAUGCCGACCAUGCCUCGUCCACCUUUGAGUGGCUGCAGAAGGUCGGCUUCAUCGACAACGCCACCUGGGCCGUCUAUGACGGCGCCACGUCCGACCGCAACUGCACCGACGUCAACAAGCUGCAGCUGUCGUACAGUGCCACGCUCCUGGUCCAGGGCGCCGCCUUCAUGUACAACUACACCAACGGCAAGUCCACCACCUGGUUCGACCGCCUGACCAACCUCACAGCACCCCUCCUGUCGACCUUCUUCCCCAACGGCACGGCCUACGAAGUCGCGUGCGAGCUGCGGCACGGUCUCUGCACCAGCGACAUGCGCUCGUUCAAGGGCCUCGCGCACCGCUGGCUGGCGUCGGCCGCGCAGGUCGCACCAGCGGUGCUGACCGGCUCCGUGCUGCCCGUGCUCGAGUCGUCCGCCGCCGCCGCCGCCGCACAAUGCACUGGGGGCGCGUCCGGCCGUGCCUGCGGCUUUUACUGGGCUAGCGGCGAGUUUGUUGCCGUUGACGAUGCGGAGAUGGUUGGCGCCGGCGCGGGCGAGCAGAUCGAUGUGCUCGCGGCGGUGCAGAGUUUGCUGGUCAGCGCGUCGGCUGCGCCGUUUACUGCGGGUGGAAGCGGGAGUGGAGGUAGUGGGAGUGGCAGUGGAGGUGGGACUGGGACUGGGACUGGGACUGGGACGGAGAGUGGGAGCGGGACUGGGGGCAGUUCGUCCGCCACGAGCGCGGCGGCUACGACGGCGCCGACGAGCGCGGCGGGUCGUCAGGAGGUGGCGGUUGGUGUCUUGGCCGGCGCGGCGCUUGGGCUCGGGUGGAUGAGCUUAUAG